UUGACUGGAACUGUUUUUCUAUACGUUCUAAGUCUAUGGCCGAAGGAAAGGCCGGCCACUGUGAGGAGGAGGAGGAAGAAUAAGAAGGGCACUUCCGGGGCUUCCGUGGCAGCCACCAUUAGGCCUUCCUCGGUUAAUGGAACUAAGAGGCUGUGAGGCGGGAUAAAAGGGGGUCGGGGCAAGGCAAGCCGGCCCCUCAGUUCCUUUGCGGUGUGGGCGCUUUGAGGCCAACGCUUCCCAACCUUCUGGGCCUGCCAAGCGCUUUGGACUUUGACUCCCAGAAGCCCCGGCCUACUCUCAGGAAUUCUGGGAGCUGGAGUCCAAAGCCCUUGGGCCCAAAGGGUGGGAAGCCCUCGCUUAGGCCACGAACCCCUUCAGACUCCUGUCAAAACCAGCUCCACCCCUUUCCCUUUUCAGGAUAAUCCGGCUCCGGCAUGGCUGCUUCCGAGGAGCUCAAGUUCCACGAAUUCGACGAGGCUAUGGAUUUGCUAUCGGUGAAUGCCAAUGCCACCACUUCUAGUGUUGGUGAAAAGCAGAGCCACACAACUCUGGAUAUGUCUUCCAGCUAUAAUGAAGAGCCUGAGCCUGAGGAAGAGGAUGAUAAAACUGAGCUACUGAGUUUCCAGAAGAAACAGUCCAGUUUCUGGACCUUUGAAUAUUACCAAGCAUUCUUUGAUGUUGACACAUAUCAGGUGCUGGACAGGAUAAAGGGGUCAGUUCUUCCAGUGCCGGGGAAGAACUUUAUAUGGCAUCGCUUGCGGCAUAACCCUGACCUCUAUGGACCCUUCUGGAUCUGUGCCACCUUGGUCUUCACACUGGCAAUCAGUGGCAAUUUAUCUAACUUCCUGGAGAAAAUGGGCAGUCCUUCCUUCCACUACAGCCCCCAGUUCCACAAAGGUGAGGGUUUUGACAUUGAAACAGUUUGUACAUAGUCUUUAAUUUAAUGUCAAGUUUAGCUUCUUUAAUAUUGGCUGUUGUAGGCACAACAGGCAGGGCAUUCACUUGCAAAAGAAGGCUCCAUUUUGUUACCAAA